AUGGGUCAUAAUCCCGAUAAACGCGGCAUUCGAGUUGCUAGUGCUCGCAGCACCGGCGCGACCGACAACGAUGAAAUUGAAGAUAGCGAGGAAGGAGACAAAGAUGAUGAUAUUGACUAUAAAAGCGAAACCACUGACCUUUCAUCUCUUCAGGAUAUCUUUGCGCGAAGCGGAACAGGGUUUAGAGGAAGGGACAACCUCAGCCGCAAGACUCUCGUAUCGCUCGCCCCUGUCGACAGGACCAGCAAGGGCCGUUGUCACGAGGGCGAUAGUGCCAAUCCUAUCGCCACGACUGCCGCAGGUGUUCAGCUCGGUGCUAGCCAAGACAACCCGAUUGUGCUGGACGAUGACCAGUCGGUUAACAUUCACGACGCCGCCUCCCCUGACGAUGAAAAGCCUCCCUUCAAAGUCGCGAGCUGGUCGAAUGCCAACGGCCCCUGGCCAACUUUGUCCAGAGGAUUUGCCGAGCAAGACACGAACGAUGGAAAGAAUACUCCAGACAAGCCUAGCGAAGUGCAAUACGGACAACUGCGCAGGCGACGGAGAAGAAGGAGCCCCCCGGGGGGUAGCACGUGGUUCCGGAAAAUAGUUAAUCAUGGACCAUGUCGAGUAGGAAGACGCCCCCCCUCCGGGGCACAUGGUCCACAGACUGGAUCCGAUGGGAGCUUGUAG